UGCGGGCUGACAGGUCGGUGCGGGCUGACAGGUCGGUGCGGGCUGACUGGUCGGUGCGGGCUGACAGGUCGGUGCGGACUGACAGGUCGGUGCGGGUUUUAGUUGUUUGCACUUUCCGAGAAUCAAAGCAAUGUAAAGGAUCAGUUUCUGAACCGCCCCCAAGUGAACCCGGAAGGUUCCGCCCGGUGACGGCCAACAAACAGCGGCUCUUGAACUGAGCGAAAGGGAAGACUUCCUUCGACCGGGAAUCCGCAAUAUGUGUUUGAGAAAAUUGCACAAUUUCGGGGCAGUCACCGACCUCCGCAGCACCGGUCAGUGACUGAGGAUCCGCGGCCACUGCUUUUAUUGGUAAUCCAGAUGUGCAGCCAACUUUACUGAACUCUGACUGCAUUUCAUUACUGAUAUCAGCGAAUCGUGAGAUGCUGGAGCUGCUUUACACACGUACAUCCAGCUUCUCCGCCUCUUGUAUUCGCUGGAGGCUGAGGUGCGGCUGCUUACUGGAGCAGGUCUGGCCACCUUUGCCUUCAACAACAUCAGCCACCAGUGAGCCAUUGCACAGGCAGGUUGGGUCCUGUGGAAAACUCUGCAGCCACUCCUCCAGUUACAGAACCAACUAUGUCAAGUCAACAUUGCAUUCCAGGAGUUCCGGCUGCCAUUGUGUCUGCAAAUGUUGUGCAUUUGCUGUGUGACCUCUUGUCCAGUCCUGAAGAGCAGGCCCAGGGCUCGGCCGCUAUCGCCCUUGGCUUCCUCAGCUUCCACCACCAGGCGGAGAGGCAGUUGCUGAAACGGUGCCGACUGGAGCUUCAGCUCAUGAGGAUCCUCCUUCACUACAAUAGGCACCACAAGCUGGCCAGCACUUUCCUAGAUAGAUGGAAACACGUGAAGGAGUUGGGGCUCUCUCCUCUCUGUAAGCACAAGGUGUAGUUGCUGAGCAACUCUUGCUGCAUCAACAUGAGAACUUUUGAGUGUAAAUGGAUGCCUCUUCUGCAAACCUGAGACUGCAGCAGACCACAGUGUAACCAUACUCCAGCAAAAGCCAGCACUGGAGGAUCGCAGUAAACCAAACCACACACUAACGUACGUGGUAACAGAGAGCCACUGUCCCUGUGAAGAGCACUACCUGCUUUAUUUCUCGUGUCUUCCUUUUGAUCUAACUUCUCGUCUUCCGCAGAUUCUGAUGGUUGUUUCAUGACAACAUUUGCAAAGUAGCAAAACAAACAAAAU